AUGAAUCAACCCAAACGUGCUGGCCGCGCAGGCGGCAUCAUCCUUCUGGCCUUCCUAUCCCUCUUCGCCCUUACUAAUUUCCUUACACUUAUCCUAUCCAUGGUCGCUGCUGGCCAAUUCUGGCCCUUGCUAGACGAGGGCUCCAAGACCGUAAUCGAGAUCCCCUUUCUAACUGAUUCCGAUGGCCCGUGGCCUCCGUCUUUUCCUGAUUCCCUAUGUCAGCUUCCACCUGUCACUGUCUCUGGGCCUUUCAACCUCGCGAGUAAUUCAGCACGACCAUACGUGCUCCUCGCUGCUCUCGCUGGUAUCACAUGGGUCAUUACCUCCAUCGCCAUCCUUCUCCUCUUCACCAAGAUUCGGUCCUUCAAUCACCGCGUUGCUCGCUACGUUUUCCGGGUUAUCGGCACGGCAACCUCCGUAUUCUUGGUCAUCUUCUACCUCACCUACGCCCAUGCUGUCACAUUUAUCGCACCCUUCAGGAAUAAUAACUGGCCCAUGGGCAGGGGAGGAGCGAUUAUGGCACAUUUUAACCUGCUGCUCGGCAUCUUCAUCACUUUGCUGGCUGCGGCCCUGGACACACCAAAGGACUGGGAUGCAUCUACUGGCCCCAACAGUGGCCGAACUAGCCAGGCAUAA